GCGUGUGCCAGCCUGAAUCGGGAUACGUAUCUGCCGCGGUAGCACCAAGUGCUACGUGUUGUUUUCCAAGGAUAUUCGAGACAGAUGCUUAUUCUGUUGUAUUUUGCCUUUAUCGACCGUAGCUUUUGUACAUAUAUAGCGCGUAAAGUAUUUUAGAGGACCUGUAUCCAAAUUUCCAGAGUAGUUUUAGAGACAGACCCACACACCAUUAACCUUAAUCUUGUAACGUUUCUGUGUUUUUGUUUGUUGCCCGUCUUCCCCCAAAAUGAGCCCAGUAAACUACCUGAAAUAAUAAACACUAAACCCUAAUAACAAACCUACUAACUUAAAAACCUUUAAAAUCUAAACUAACUAAACCAACCAUGAUCUCGUUGAGAAACUUAAACCGACCUAUAAAAGAGCUCCACUAAAUCGGCACUAAAAACUCAAUAAAAGCCAAACUUCCACCCGAGCAAAAUGUUGAUCCGGUGGAAAAACAAGGACAAAGACAAGGACAAAUGCGAAAAGUCCUCGUCCUCGUCAGGACAGAAACAGGGAUCGUCGUCGACAGCGUCGAAGAAAAAAAGGAAAUUUGGCAGAGAUGGAGAAGAGGAGUGGAAUUCUGACGGGAAAUCCGGUAGAGGGAGCGACGGUACUCGAAGUGAUAAUGAAGGUGGAGAGGUGAGAGGUAGAAGCCGUGGUACCAGAAGGGACGAUCCACGCAGACAUACCCUCGGUGCUGGAUCCGAAGGGCAGUACCUGGCGAGUAUGGCCGGUCAGGGAGGGCCUCUGUCCAGAACUAUGGAUCUGGAGGGUCAUCAUCGGGGUUAUCUUCCUCCGUCGAAUGCGAUGCUGUUUGAUGAUGACCCAGGUAUCAUGUCAGAGGUCGAAACGAGCUCAACGGGCUUCAGAAGAGGUGGCAAACAGAGAAGCUCACUGCCGGUUGUUAGGACACCAAGCAAGACGUUGGAGAGGCCACUAGGUUUAGUAUUUUUGCAAUACCGUAACGAGACGAAAAGGGCCCUCCUACCCAACGAAAUCACCUCGAUCGAUACGGUGAAGGCGCUGUUCGUUAGGUCGUUUCCCAAACAGCUGACGAUGGAAUAUCUGGAUUCCCCCAACGUCAAAAUCUACAUCCACGACUCCUCCAAGGACAUGUUUUACGAACUGGAAGAUUUAAGAUCGCACUUAAGAGAGAUCAGAGAUCGGUCUGUGCUCAGACUGUUCGAAUCAGCUGAUGUCUCUGGAGGUCUACCUAUGGCAGGAAUCGGAAUAGCUGGAGGUGUCGGCCAUUUCGAAGAUCCUAGUUACUUUUCUGAACCGGAAUUCGACUCGGAAUAUCAGCACCAGCACAUCCAUAAAAGCAAGGUUGCUGGCAAAGCGGCCCCCUACUACAUGGGCUCCACGUCCAACUUACAACGCGGAGCCCCUUUUCUACGGACGUACUCCCCCGCAGUGUCCAAUCUUCCAGCGGACAGGAUGAAACCGCUCCCUACAGGUGCUCCCCCGAAACCGCAGCGCGCAUACAGUGGCGUAGGGAGCGGCCGCAACUCGGCUGACGGCCCCCCCAGACCCCCGGACCGGUUCGCCCCCUUCCAAAGGCCCGCCAACCCCCUUUACGUGCCAGACGGAUAUAUGUCAUCACCUGAACGAAGCUCAAGAUAUGAAGAUCCAUAUUAUAGUCAGUACGGUACGAGGUCUGGAUCAAUAACGCCAGUAAUAGAUGAAGAGAUAAGUGAUACGGAACUUUUAGACGACUCUUACUCUUUGUACGGUGUCAAAGUACCACCCGGAGCACCACCUAGGACACCAAGAACGGGAUUUCCGACGCCUGGAGCAGUACCUUAUGAUGCAACGAGGUUACGUGUUGAAAAUAUGGAACGUCAACUGGCCAACCUCACCGGAUUGGUCCAGAAAGCCUUAACACAGCCGGCAACGUUGCAAGUUCCUACCAGAGACGGAUACAGAGGAGAUGAGUUCGAUAAGAACUCCAGUUCGAGUUCAGCGUCUCUGCCAGAUGAUACGUACCUUCGAACUGACAGCAAAGCGCCCAAAUUGGGUAAAAGUGGCUGUCAUAAAUCCGUUUCGUUUGAGAAGUCAGUAUCGUUUAGCGAUGAACCACCCGAUAUGAAUUCACCUAAACAACAUAGUCCCCAACAUGCAGCGGAUACCAAACCCACCAAACCUGCAAUUAAAUCAUCCACGUUACCGAGAACGUCGUCCCAGGAACGAGAUAGACUUAAACCCGCGCCUCCACCAAAACCGGCUUCUUUGUCACCAGGUCAGUAUGACAGCCGGAUAUACAGGGACCUGCAGCUCACGCCCGAAAUGUACAACCAGCUGAGGGGGCUGCAGAAGAAGGCCAAAGAUCUGAGGGCGGAGGUGAGGAACCUGAGGAGGAUGUCGCAGGCGCAGGCGCAUUCGGUGAAGGAGACCAUAAGGGACACCUUCAUCAAGAUUCGGGCGAUGCUUCUGGCUGGGGGCGAACAAGUCUGGCAAGCUGGCAUGGAUCAAGAAAGAGUGCGACUUACCAGAGAAGAGGAUCUGUACAAGCAGGAAAUGCUGCGUUUAGAAAAAGAUUUAGGUGACUUAGAGUCAACCGUGGAAGAGCUUAGGGGCAACGUUAUCAACAGGAAAACGAGAGUAAACAUGUCGGACGUGGAAAAUAUGGCUCUAAUAUUAAGUAAAAGCUCAAAAACCGUAGCGGAUUUAAAACUAAGAUUUCCAGGCCUACAAGACAGUAUGAAAGCUUUGUUGACCACGGAAAUGGAUAAAAUGAUGAGAGAAGAGAAGUUUUUAAAGGAAGAACCCGAAAGAUUGGAGAGUGCUUUGAGAAGGUGUAAAAAAUUGACGGGUACACUUGUGACGCUCAAAAGACUGGCCAGUGUUCAAGAACAACGAUUACCCUGCUCAAACUCGAACAGCGACAGCAGGCUGUCCCCGGGGGCGGGGGACACGCCCCCCGUCACCCCCUCGUCCACCCACAGCAAGCCCCCUACCGCUCCACGCUUGGGGUCGCUCGUCCUCGGGGGAGAAUGCUCCAGUGCCUCCUCCGACAGUUCCCAGCGUCCGGAGAACGCGCUCGACGCUCUGCUAGACGAGCUGCAGACCUUCUCCAAGCCGCACCCCGGCACCCGCUCCUCCUCCGAAAGCUCCGAGCCUCCCGCCAUCCCCGCCAAGGGCGUCGCCCCUACCUCCAGGCCGCCACAGAUGGCCGAGAUCGGCCGCAAGGGCAGCAUGGACUCGGCCUCGUUCCUGCCCAGCAACAACCUCACCGUCAGCACCACCACAGGGAGUCUCCGGCGACUGCAUUCGUAUCCUAGCGGCUCGGACACGGAUAACAGUCCCCCAAUUCAACCGCUCCAACCGACCAAAACCGCCAGCAAACCCCCGAUACCUGAACGCAACACGGAACUCCUCCAGCACGUGGUUUCGGGGAAGAGGAUUCCUCCCCCUCCUCCUCCAAGGACCAGCUCGAAAUCUCCCCUAGCCUCUCCUACGUCUCCGAGUUUACCUCCUAGAUCCGUCGCGUCUGCGGGACUCCAACAUAUCCAGAACGUGCAGAAUAUGGAGAAGCCCAUGUCCCAGUUCGAGCAAGCCACUCAGAACCUAGGCCUACAAACGCUCAGGCGCAACGUGCCCAACCGAUCUAGUAUCAAGGACUCGAACAAAUCUCAAACCCUUCCUAGGAAUAUAGGCUCGAAUCUUCAAAUACCCAACAGCGACAGCGAUGUAAUAUCGGCAAGCAACUCGAGCAGUUGCGAGAGCGUCAACUCGCAAGACGGCACGAAGAAAACGAGGAAAGAAGAACUGGAACAGAGGCAUCAGGAACUGUUGAAGAAACAGAAAGCUCUCCAGGAACAGUACGCCAGACUGCAACAACUCCAGCGAGGUAACAACACCCUAACUGUCAUACCUCCAGCUCCCGAUCAACUACUAAAGAAAACAGGAAGCGAAUCAAACCUUCUACAGAAAAUGGGCUUACAACUGGCCACCUCUCAGAUCACCGGUUCCCUGACAAACAUACCCAACACCAACGCCUCGCUUGUUAAUAAAGUUACCCUAACCAACGCUACGUCCGACAUGGACAGGGAAAAUCCUAGUUUCGACGAUAAGAGCAACAACGCUACCGAAAACAAAGAUGUUUUGAACCAGGAAGGUCAGAAGAAAGUAUACGAAACUGACAUUCUGUGACCUAUCAUCGCUGAGAGGAUGCAAGUUGUAUAUUGAUCUUGGUAGUUCGAGUAGUUCAAUAGAGAUGUCGCAUUAUCGGUUUGCUUGGUUUAGUUUUUAAAGGCCGACUGAUUUUAUAUCAUUUACUGAAUAAAAAGACCACGAUAAUUAUAAGACGCCAUUUGUUUUUAAAUCUAGACCAUAUACUAUACAGACACGCCAUUUCGUCAUUAUAUCGUAAUGCUUUUCCUUAUGAUACGCUAUACAAAAUAAACAAAACGAAUACAAAAUAGUCACAAAAAACGCCGUCACAAAAAUAUAUCUUUCGUCUUCAGUGUAUAAAUAUUAAAAAAACUAUUUGACUCUCUUCUUAGGUUCAUUCAAUGAUAAUCGACGAGACUAAGUGCAUGUUAAAUAUUAUAAAAUAUACCACAAUCAAACUUGCAAAAUAGAGAAGUAAGGUACAAAUUAUAAAAAUGGAAAACAGCUUUGCAAAUCUCAAAGAAUUGUUAGAUAUCAAAAUUAACCGGUUAAAACAAAUAGUGAAUCCUAGCCCUAGAAAUUAUGAAAAAUUAUUUAUUGUUGCAGAAUUACUAAUGAAUAUACUUCAAAAAUCACAAAUCUCAACAAAGUCUUAGUUUAAAAACAUUAACAGUACUAUAUAAACUAUCUAUAUAUAACUAUACUAAGGCUGGCAUUUCUGGUCUUGGGUGCUGAUUUUCGUGUGUACGAAGAGUACGGCCAACACGCUUAGCAAAAUAAGAUGUACUGAAUAAAGACAGAAGGCAAGUAUUUCCCAUCAGCAUGGAAUCUAGGUUAUGUAAUAAAUACUUCGUAUUUUUGCUCUCUCCGACUUUCUAGAUUCCCAUAGCAAUUCACUCCUAUACAUGUAAACGCCGACCCAAGGUUUCGCUUGCCAGCACGGUAUGACAAUUGCACAAGAGCUCUGUCUGAUUAGUAUAUGGUAAAAGAGUUUAAAAAUAUUUUUUUUUAAAUAAAAAUAGCUAAUAUUAGGUGUAAAGAGAAAUAAUUCUGAAUGGUUAAUAUGUCAAAAACGCUUGAAUUUGUUAAUACGUCAAAUCUUAUUAAAUUUUCAAAUAUUAAUAGAUCAGGUUGUUUAGAACAGGAUGUCUAUAUCUUUUUUCCAUACUAAUAUCCAUAGAUAAUUUAAAAAUUUCUUAUUAUGUUUAGAAGGCAUUGAAGAUACUGUUCAUUAUCUUUUUUUCUGCCUGUAACGCAAGAAUAUUACCUACCAAAAUAUAAGCCAGUUAUUUCAGGACACCGUAUAUGCUACACACUGAAAAGUGAUGGAAAUAUUUUUGGUUUACUCCCAGAUUAGAUUUAAAAAAUAUUUAGUCUUUUAGUGCGAAUACUAAUAUUUCUUUCUGUGUGUAUAAUACAUCUAGCACUCAGUUGACUGAGAUGUAUUACAUAAUAUUUUUACUUUUUGUUUGUUAUAAUUAUUAAAAAAAUAAAUAAUUCUUAUGGGCAAUCUUUAUUGGACUACCAGGCAAAGCUCAUA